UGCAAGUCGCCACCAAGGCCAACCCCUGGGAAGGGAAGACGCUGAAGCCCGAGAGUGUUCGAUCGCAGCUCAGCACGUCCCUGGAGAGGCUGCAGAGGCCGAGCGUGGAGCUCUUCUACCUGCAUGCGCCCGACCACGGGACCCCGGUGGAGGAGACGCUGCGUGCGUGCGAUGAGCUGCACAAAGAGGGGAAGUUUAAAGAACUUGGCCUGUCAAACUAUGCAGCGUGGGAGGUGGCAGAGAUCUGCACCAUCUGCAAAUACAACAACUGGGUGAUGCCAACUGUGUACCAGGGCAUGUACAACGCGACCACGCGCCAGGUGGAGGCUGAGCUCUUCCCUUGCCUGAGACACUACGGGCUGCGGUUCUAUGCCUACAACCCGCUUGCAGGAGGUCUGUUGACUGGCAAGUACAAGUAUGAAGACAGAGACACACGCCAGCCCACAGGAAGAUUUUUUGGGAAUGACUGGGCUCAAGUUUACAGGGACAGGUACUGGAAAAAGCACCAUUUUGAAGGCAUUGAAAUAGUAGAAGCAGCUCUGAAAGACGUGUAUGGCUCCGACGCACCAAGCCUGGCCUCGGCAGCUCUGCGCUGGUUGUACCAUCACUCCAAACUGCAGGGUUCUCUUGGGGACGCGGUGAUCAUUGGGAUGUCCAACCUGGAGCAGCUGGAGCAGAACCUCAACUACAGCGAAGAGGGGCCCCUGCUGCCGGCCGUGCUGGAGGCGUUUGACAAGGCCUGGAGCCUCGCUGCUGCCGACUGCCCCAACUACUUCCGCUAG